CAACAAAGAAGCAGACAGAAAGAACAUAAGCUGAGGGAAUGCUGGUAAAACUGUAUCGUUUCAACCUAAUUGGAUUAUCUUUACUAAUUUGUUUCUUUUCUUCUUUUUUUUCAGGUAUUUGAGUUUGGGAAAGGUUGUGGCUUAACUCCACCACAUGACUUUUAGACCAUUCCCAGGUUGGUGUUUCCACUGCGAGCUGACCACUCGCAUACUCUCCUGGUGGAACCCUUAUCAAAUAGGCCACUGAGCCAAUAAAUAUCUGUAGAUAGAAACUAACAUCAAACCAAAACAAAAAAAAUACUAACAUUAGAAUUAAGCCAAAAAUUUUCCUCAUAAUAGGGUACGGCCACGAUCAAGGCAGUCAGAACUGCUGGCCAACUGGGAUAGUACCACCCACGCAAAAUUUUUCUUUAAUCCCCAUAGGCGUAAUGUCAAGUGGAUUUUGCUAAAGGGCACUGCAACAAUGUAUGGAUUUUCUUAAAGAAAUAAUCAAUAAUUACAAAUUUAAAGAAUACACAGCAUUUGAACGAUCUCAUUGUUUAUUUAACAUGAAUUUUAAUUUUAAAAAGUGUUUAACUAUAUUUCUAUUCUAUAAUUCCUUAAUAAUUAUUGUAAAAUCUCUAGAUGAAAAUGAUGUAAGUUAAAUAUAAUUAUCUUAAAUAUUUUAUAUACAUAAUUAAUACGUUUUCUACAUUUCAUACAUUUCCUAAUUAAUUAAUAGAACUCUGAUGAGUUGGAAAUUUAUAAACAUUUGUUUGCCAAAUUGAAUAAAGUCAUAGAUGGAAUUGAUUUAGUGCAACAAAAUAUGGAAUCAUUGGAAAAAAGAAUGAAUAAUUUUGAAAUUAAAUUGGAUCAAUCUGCUAUUACGAUAACGUCCACCCAGAGUACAAUAACCACCACCCAGGCUAACAAAGAAAGCCUUGUCGAAGAGCCAAAUUUUUCACCGGAAUCUUCCGAUCUUUAUUGUUUUAAUGAAAAUUGGAGACUAGUUCAACAACAUGCGGAUGGCUCGAAAAAGAUUUAUCGUGAUUGGAAAGAUGUUGAAGCAGCCGUUGGUAAUAAAUCAAAUGUAUUCUUAGCGCGCCUUGAAAAACUGUAUCGUUUAGCGUCUUUAAAACCUGAGGAUAUUUUGGUGAAAACAAAGAAUUACGAUAAUGCUAGACGUAAUAUUCCAAAAAUUAGCAUUGAAGAUGAAGUAUAUAACGAUGUAUACGAUUUAAAUGAGUAUUAAACAGAAUGUUUUCCAAAGUGUGCCAGGUAUCUAAAUAUAUCCAAAACACUUGGUAGAAUUCAACGGAUUGCAGGUUUUAAGAUAUUUUUUAGUUUGUGGUUUCAUUAAAUAUUUAAUAAAUUUCGUGGGAUUGAAUGAAAACGUAAAUAAUACCUUAA